AUGCCUGUCUACCCAAGAAACCAAAGACCCCUUCAAGCGGCCUUGGCAGCGGAUAGGCAGCGUACUCUGGAAAAGGCCAAGAUCAAGGCUGCAAUGGCCGAAAAGACAGAAUAUGCCUUUGGCGAUCGCAACGACCUUCAAAAAUACGACACAAUGGAUGUAACUGGUAAUACCAGAAAGGCCAGGAAUUGGCUCAGCGGCCUCCACAGAACUUCACAGCCUACCAGCCGCACAUCGAAACCUCACACAUCGGACUACCAAAGCCUGUGA